CACGUCGCGGCGGCCGCCCGCCGGCGGCUCCGCCCGGCCCGGCCCGCAGCAGCAGCGCUCGGCCCGGCCCGGCCCGGGCCCCAGCAUGCGGGAAGGGUCGGCGCUGCCCGGCGGCCCCGGCGCCGCCGCGGUGCCCGGCUUCCUGGCCAAGCUCUGGGCGCUGGUGGAGGACCCGCACAGCGACGACGUCAUCUGCUGGAGCAGGAAUGGUGAGAACUUCUGUAUCCUGGAUGAGCAGAGGUUCGCUAAGGAGCUGCUCCCGAAGUACUUCAAACACAACAAUAUCUCUAGCUUCAUACGACAGCUGAACAUGUAUGGUUUCAGGAAGGUGAUUGCUCUGGAAAAUGGUAUGAUUACAGCAGAGAAAAGCUCAGUCAUUGAGUUCCAGCAUGCUUUCUUCAAGCAAGGGAAGGCACAUUUAUUGGAAAACAUCAAGCGCAAGGUAUCUGCGGUAAGAACUGAGGAUCUCAAGGUCUGUGCAGAGGAUUUACACAAAGUACUCUCUGAAGUCCAGGAAAUGAGAGAGCAGCAGAACAACAUGGAUGUCAGACUGGCUAACAUGAAAAGAGAAAAUAAGGCCCUGUGGAAAGAAGUGGCAGUUCUAAGGCAGAAGCACAGUCAACAACAGAAGCUGCUGUCUAAGAUUCUUCAAUUUAUACUAAGUUUGAUGCGAGGAAAUUAUAUUGUUGGGGUCAAAAGAAAAAGGUCUCUAACAGAUGCUGCAGGUGCUUCACCUUCCAAAUACAGCCGUCAGUAUGUUCGCAUACCUGUGGAGAGUGGCCAAGCAAUGGCUUUUUCUGAACGUAAUUCAGAUGAUGAGGAUGGAAAUGGUACAGGUCUCAUCAUUCGAGAUAUCACUGAUACCCUGGAAAAUGCCACCAAUGGUCUCCUUGCUGUGGCACACACAAGUGGCAGAGGCAGAGAGAUACAGACAGCUCUGGAUCCUGGCUUACCUAUUUGUCAAGUAUCACAGCCAAAUGAGUUAAAUUGUGUAGAACCUAUCCCUCCAAUUCAUGUAAAUGAUGUCAGCAAAUCCAGUGAAAUAGGAAAUGUUGCUGUGGAACUCCACGCUGCACAAGCUAAUGCUCCAGAAGACCCUGCAUCAGUGAUUGACUCCAUCUUGAAUGAGAAUAACUCUGGAAACCAAAAUGAUCCUUUACUGGACAGAGAGGAAAUUCAGGAUUUUCUUAAUUGCAUUGAUGCCAGCCUUGAAGAGCUUCAAGCAAUGUUGUCUGGGAAGCAGUAUAACUUCGGUUCUGAAGCUUUCAGCGAUAUUACAAACUUGGCAGACAGCACUGAAGAUCUAGGAGCAAGUGAGGGAGAAACAGCAGGAAGCAAAGAUAUGCAGCUGAUACAGUACAGGGCCAAUCCUCUGCUUUCAUUAUUUGAAGAACUACCUUCCAGUGAAGCCCCAGGGAAGACAGAGGAUCCAAAAGACCUCCUCCUGACCCCGCUGGAGGAAAAACCUGCUCUCCAACCUCCUUCAGGUAGUGAAACUGUCUUGCCAUUAGCAGCUCCAGAAAACCAGGCUGAGCCCCUGGAUGCUCUAGGAAUGGGUGAUCCACCUCUCCUCUCAGAAGACGGGAAUGGAGAGUAUAAACUGUUUCCACUCUUGCUCCUCAGUCCUGUUGCUAACUUCAUAGAAGAGGCCUCUGAGAUAGAAACUUCUUGAACUCAUGCAACAUCUAUAACUGGCAUAGUGGUGUGAAAUAGACAGCAAGGAUAAAUGGAUCAGCAAGAAGUUUGGUCUUCUCUCUCCUAUCCUGCUUACUGGGUGUCAUAUUCUAUAUAGACAAGAGAAAGUUCUCUUUCUACAAGCAAAGAGUGCACAUGGAAAAGCUGAAAACAAGCUCAAAGCUUGUUGAUAAUGGGAAUGAAGGCACGGGGAGGAGGGAAGGGCAACCUUUCUGUAAACAUACCGCAAUGUAUUCCAUAACUGUUUUUAUCUGAUCCUUAUUGCAAAAGGAAACCUGUUUGUAUCCUGUUUUGUAAAAUUUGGCUGUUUUUUAUUAGCUGUGUAGUAAUGUCAUGUGUAAUGUUUUAAACCUGAGUUUUACUCUUUCUGAGAUGUUUCAAGAGGUAGCUUGUCUAUUGUUUGGAAUUAAGUUGUUUUUUAAUUUGAGGUUUCUUUUUUAAUAGUUUGUGGCCACAAUUGUUUGCACCUGCUUAUAUUACUUUCCUACUCCUAGAUUUGCUCCUAGGUACAGGGAACAUUUUUUCCUAUGGAAAAUUAUAUUUUAACUCUGGAAUAUUACUUUUUAACAUCCUAACACGCAUCCAUUGCCAUGGAUUGUAGGUGUUGCAGUAGGAAGUGCUUGCCACUGUGCAUAAUGCCGACUUCUCAUGCACAUUGCAUGGCAGCUCUUCUAGGGUAACUUGCACAUAGGUCAUUUGUUCUUGAAAAUUGUGAGUAGAACUGAUUCAUGAGGUGUCUAGUGAAGUCCAGCAGCUAUCCUUAAAACGUCCUCAAAAAAAAUCCUUAAAACAAAAAAGUUAUGGGGUAACUUGCGCUGACAUAGGACAUUCAUUUUCUCUUCUGCUUGCAGUAUGUACUUGUUUAUCUGACCUUACAUGAACAGUGGACCUUGUCCUGCAUAUUCUGCUCAUGGGAUUUUAAAGCUAAAUUGACUAAAAUCAUUUGACUCCAUUGACAACGAAUGACAAAACCUGGUGUCUGCUUAAUUAAACUUUUCCCAGAAUUGUCCUACACUGUUUUCCAAACUUCUUUGAACAGCUGUAAUGUAGACAUCAGCCUUUAUCCACUGUUGUCAGUGGGACAGCAAGUGCUCUUUCACUGAUACCAAAUCUCUAACAGUCUAUUGCAAGCCCACACAAAUCUGAAAUUUGCCAUAGCCAUACAAAAGUGUUGGGGCUUGAAAAGGCCUGGAGGCAGGUAGAAAAACAGCUGUAUAAUGCCAUAUGGUAUUUUUUACUGCUGCAAUUACUUGGAAAAAAAUCAGUUUUAGGAAAUCAGUCUACUUACAGGCUUAAAUCAGUCUACUUACAGGCUUUAUUUUCUGAAAUUUCUGAACUAAUAGUUCUCUUAUGCUCAAGAAACCAAGUUACUUUGAUAUACUGAAGCCUACAAGAUAAUGCAUGUUAUCUGUGCUGGCCUGGCUAUAUUGGGUUUGUGCUUCAUUUUUAAAUCUGUUGAGUUGACAAGGGAGGAUCUUGCUACUGUGUGUGUGUGUGUAUACCUGUAACACCUUCAUAGGGUUGUUUUAUUCCAUUGUUUAUAACUUCCUUGCCUCUGUGACCCUUCAUGUUUAUAUCUUAUGAAUUGCCUUUUGUCAAGUAUGUCUUAUUCCAGCCUGUCUCAGUCUUUUUUUGCUUACUUUUCUUCCUUGAAACAAAGGGCUGAAUGGUCUUAAGUUUUCCUGAGCUGAGGGAAAAUGAAUUGGGUUCUGGUUGAGUUUAUUUCUUCCCAAAGGCCUCAAUUUUGCCAAGAGUGAAACAGUAAAAAAAUUUAGACUUUUUUCUUCUGCAGUGUUUUGACAGCAUAGUGCGAAAACAAAGUUCUUUGAGGGGUAGAUCUUCUGUAACCUCCGUUUCCUGAAUAGGUUAAACUGAGUAGUUCCUGUAAUGGAUUAAUGUUAUGUUCUUCCAUGAUGGAAUCUGAUCUCACUGCAUCUUGCCAUCAGAUGUUUGAUUGAAUUGCAUAAGAUUUUUUUUAACACACUUCGUCUCUUAAGAAGUUAAGAAACCAAGGCUUAAGAAAACUUCAAAUAAAAAUUUGUGAAUCUGAGUCUGGUUUAUGUACUGGUCUAGGAAAAGUAUGUAUUUCCAAGUUUGGUAACAAAAAUUGCAAUGAAAAGGGAAAGGUUGAAUAGCAAGGAAAAAAACACCACCAUGCACUGAAGUAAUUAAACUAUUGAAUUGCAAAACUG